AUGGCAUUAAAUGAAAAUGGAGAGAUAGUUAGAUCUGAGUUUGUUGUGGAAGGACGAAAGCAGCCUUUGGUCGAGAUUAGAGAACGAACAUCGAAAAGCCAGGAGAAGUACAUGCAACAACGAUGUGAUGAUGAGUAUGAUAAAACGACAAGUGAAACUUUGAUAAGGUGUCUCAAGGCAAUAAACAAGUACCAUGAAGACGAAAAUGUGCAGUUGAUGCAGAAUAGGCCAAAAGAUAUUGAGAGAACAAGGCAUCUGAAAGUUUGGCAUGAUCUAUCAACGAUUGCUAACCACAGCCAUUUGGUUUUUAUGGUGUCAUCACUAUAUGAUCCUGCAAUCCAUUACCUUUAUAGGGAGUACGAAAAUCUCACUGGCUGCAAAAACAGACAUUCAAACAAAGGUGGAAAUGCCGGAAGUCUACAUAGUUGCGUGGUCGGGAAGUUCAGAUGUUGAACAACUCACAUACGUUGAUACACAUAGAAGAACUAAGCAUCGAUAUAAAGACUAUAUAAGAAGAACUAAGCAUCGAUAUAAUGCACUCUUCUUUCACGGUGACAGUCCUGCGCAUCAACUCGAAUCAGGUCAGCAAAAAGGAGGAAACUUCUAUUGUUCUGGAUGUGGUGCAAAUGCGCACCAGGCAUAUCAGCUGGACAUUUGCUUUUCUUGCCACUAAUAAAUCGGCAACAGUUGGUACUCGCUGCACCUCUUGGAAGAAAAAAAUUCUCUGGCAAAAGCUCCCAAGCCAUUUCAAAAGUUAAAGAAAGAUGAACUUAUUCGAGAACUGAAUGCCAGAGGAAUCUAUGAAGGGGAGUCAAAGAAAGAGCUUGACAAGAUUUUGACAGAGGAACUCCACAGCGUUCAGAGAGUACCUGCUUUUGCUUUACAACAACCCAACAGCUACCCUGGAAUUCAUCAACUGUUGACAAGUAUGAAAUACUUAGUUUUGAACCCCUCCACGACAUAGGCAAACACAUUGAAAAUGUUCUAGCCGAACUCCCUUUUCAUCUCCCAGAAAAAGAAUCUGCUGCUGUGAAGGUCAUCAAUUGCUCCAUUGGUGGUAAGGAUACCAAGCGCACAUUUGAUUAUAGAUGUGCACUUAUUAUCCUUGCAAAACGUUCCUCAAAGAAUGUAACAUCCAACAUUGUCCAGCAACUAUUGACCACCUUGGUAGAAAUCCAAAGAAUUGCCUACAGUUCGGAAUCUGAGGGGACCCCAAAAUCAGUCCUGCGUCUUCACAACAUGACAUGGCACCAUGGGAUCUUGUGCAGAGAGGUGUUUGGUUUCAAGCUAAAGGAACAAUGUGCAAAUUGUAUGGCAACUACUACCACAACAUCACCAGCCAUGCUGCCAUGCAGCAUCGACUAAUUAAUGGCAAAGCCUGUAAUGUUGAAGAGCAAGAACAGAUUUUCAACACCAUCACCAACAUCACAAAGUCAACAUCCUCCUACCACCCAAGUCACAUCAUUGGCAAUAUCUUCAUCCGACUGCAAGCUGAGAAACAGAUGCAAGCUUUUCAAGGCUCUUCUUCCUUGAAUCAGGAAACAUCUGUUUCUAAGCUUGCAGACUCCCUACUACCAUAUGGAAACACCAUCAUUUCUGGAGACAUUAUAAAGAAGCACAUAAGAUCAUGGCAAUCUCAUCUAGAAAGGAUUAGUGACUUCCUCUUACCUGGCAAAGGAAGCUGA